AUGUCGGGCAAUCAAAUCGAGCCACCCUUCAGUCAGGGUUUUGGCUAUGGGUACAUCAUCGGUGUUGGUGCCCUCUUCGCCAUAGGCAUGUGUGUGGUAUCCUGGGGGUUGAGCCACUUCUUUGCCGAAAAGCAGACGUCUGAGAUGUUCAUGACUGGCAAGAGAUCGGUCAAAAUUGGCUUGACAGCUUCCGCUGUCGUCUCAUCCUGGACGACGGCUGCUACCAUGCUCACAUCAACCACCGAGGGCUAUCUCUUACAUUGUGUAUUACUGUACGGCGCUGGAGCUUCGGUGCAAAUUCUCCUCUUCUCGGUUGCUGUCAUUGAGCUGAAGCGCAAAGCCCCAAACACGCACACGCUGUUGGAAUUUGUGCCCACUCGCUAUGGAGCUGCAGCACAUUGCGUUCUGGGCUUCUACUCUCUCUUCUUUAUCUGCGUCAUGGGCAUCAAUCUCCUCGUGGGAGGCUCCGUCGUGUUCGCAACUCUUACGGGAAUGAACCAAAAUGCGGCGUGGUACUAUAUUCUCUGGCGGUAA